AUGGCGUUGCCUAAGCGAAUCGUUAAGGAAACGGAACGUUUGAUGACCGAACCUGUUCCUGGUAUUAGCGCCGUUCCCCACGAGGAUAACCUCAGAUAUUUCGACGUUGAGAUCUUCGGUCCCUCCGGAUCGCCAUACGAAGGAGGCAUUUUCAAGCUUGAGCUGUUCCUGACGGAUGACUACCCGAUGGUUCCACCUAAGAUCCGCUUCUUGACCAAGAUCUAUCAUCCGAACGUCGACAAGCUCGGACGUAUCUGUCUAGACGUGCUGAAGAAUAACUGGUCUCCCGCACUCCAGAUCCGAACCAUCCUCCUCUCAAUCCAGGCUCUCCUCGGUGCCCCGAACCCCGAUGACCCUCUAGCCGCCGACGUUGCCAAGAGCUGGAAGGAGGACGAGAACAAGGCCAUCGCAACAGCCAAGGAGUGGACCAAGACAUACGCCACCCCCCAGCCGAAAUAG